AUGACUUCUUAUCUAAAAAAAUAUGCUACUGCAAUCAUAUCGGCUAAACAUUAUGUUGCACAAUGGUCAUCAGAUCAUCUGUAUGCUGAUCAAGUACUUAUUGUACCAUUUCCAACUUUAGCUAUGUAUGAUUCAGAGAAAAAGAUUUGGUCAAUACAUAUCAAAGCUUGGUUAUAUGUACCAUUUCAAGGUAAAAAUCUUAAAAGUUAUUUACCAUCUUUACCAAGUUUUUUACGUGGUAAAACUGAUGAAACAAAAAAAGAAGAAGAAGUUAUAGAUGAAGAUAAUAAAAAAGUUGAUACAGAAAAAAAA